UUUCACUCUCGUGUUUUCCUGCGCAGGGUCCAAAGAGCAGCCUCGGGAGGACACGGAUAAGCGCCCGUUGCAUCACCGCCUGGCCGCCGACAUGGACUGGCUUCACGGCUGCGGGGUGGAGGCGGUGCGCUACCUGCAGACGCACUACGGGCACCGACGCGACUGGUUCGUCUUGGCCUCGCGCAGCGCCGAGCUCAGGAACACCUUCUUCCUCUUCUUCCCCAUCUGGUUUCACCUGCGAGAGACGACGGGCAUUAAGCUGAUCUGGGUGGCCGCCGUCGGAGACUGGCUGAACCUCGUUUUAAAAUGGGUGUUCUUUGGGCAGCGGCCAUACUGGUGGGUCCACGAAACCUCCUUCUAUGACAGUACAGCGGUGCCACAAAUCCAGCAGUUCCCAAUCACGUGUGAAACCGGACCUGGUAGCCCAUCUGGCCAUGCCAUGGCUGCGGCCUCCAUCUACUACGUCAUGGUGUCGGCACUCAGUGCAGAGCUGCAGCUCGGGCGUCAGUUGUCGGUGAAGGACCGGUGUUUGUGGGGUCUGCUGUGGACGGUGUUCUGGGGGCUCCAGGCCAGCGUCUGCCUGUCCCGAGUCUUCUUGGCAGCUCAUUUUCCACACCAGGUCAUUGCAGGGGUCAUCUCUGGGUUGCUGGUGGCACAGACCUUCAGUCGUGUCUUGUGGAUCUACAGUGCCAGCCUCAGGCAGUACCUCGUCACCACACUCCUCCUCUUCAGCGUCACUCUGGGUCUCUACCUGCUCCUCAAGGCCCUUGGUGUGGACCUCCUCUGGACGGUGGAGAAGGCCAGGCGUUGGUGUGUGCAGCCAGGCUGGGUCCACAUUGACACCACGCCCUUCUCCAGUCUGGCGCGCAAUCUGGGCACCCUCGCCGGCCUGGGCCUGGCCCUCAACUGCCCGCUGUACUGGGAGAGCUGCCUUGAAAAGCACAGCUAUGGCGCCCCCUUCAGGCUGGGCUGUAUACUGGUCUCGCUGGGGCUGCUGCACCUCAUCGACUCCCUCCGGCUGCCCACCCAAACUGAAAGCCUCUACUACCUGCUGUCCUUCUGCAAGAGCGCUGCUGUGCCACUGACCAGCGUGGCCAUCGUGCCCUACUGCCUGUCCUGCCUGCUGAGGAGCUGCAGUGAGAAGGUGGAGUGACAGCAUCGAUAAAGCAGGGUGACAAAAGAGACAGCAAAGGCGCUAUAUGGGAGGGGGGGGGGGGACUGUCAGAUUUUCACUUUUCACUGCUCAUCUGGUGACAA